CGGACGGACUGAAACUUCGUGUCUGACACGCUAGGAACAUGCCACGCCUCAAAGUCCCCAUAAACACUCGCUCGAAGGCAGCAGGAUUUCGGUUCCUAUAUAGGUUGCCUUGUAAUCCUCCUCCCCAAAAUUCAUUAUUUGACGCACAGCCUUCAUCUUCUGAACGUAAGAAACACGAACAACUAAUUCAACGAAGAACUCUGGUGACUCCUCCCGCGUCUGCAUCUCCCAACGUCGAAUUCGCAGCUAGUCUAUCGCAAUACCGCGACAAUGGAACCCAUCCGCGCCCGUAAGCGACCCACUCCGGCGCCGGCAGCCGAAAGGUCGCUCCGGUCUGCCGACAAGGAGGCCUCCGACCGCACCCAGCUCGCCGGCUUCACAGAUCUGCCCGCAGAAAUCCACCUUCUCAUUUCCAAGCAACUCAUCUAUCCCGACGCCCUCUCGCUGAAACACACCAGCAGCUACUUCUACUACCUCGUUGACACGGGCGUACGACUCAAGGUUGAGUGGCUGAUGGAGCGCCGCAUGCUUCAUCUUGAGUGUCCAAACGAUAAACGGUGCGACCUUGGCAGCGACCUACGCUUCUGUAGAGGCAGUGUUCCGCUUCUGAUGCAAAGGCGACGUGAACACAUGGAGUGCGAGUCAAGGCCGGGACUUGGCUGCCUAGUUUAUGGCACUUCCGUAUGCUCUCAUCGACGAAAGAUCGGCGCGAGGUGUCAACGGUGGUUGAGGCGACGACUGACCGUAGAGUUGUGGUGGGUGUUGAUUGCCCUGAUACCGAUUGCUUUCUGUUGGCUUUGGAUGGCAGAGUUCGCCACGUGGGCCGCAAGUGCAUACAGAGUCUCUUCUUCAUUGACAGACUCAAUGACGCGAUGA